UGUCUCUUUAAUUUAUUUUAAACAUUUUUCCUAAACCUACCAAAAACAUAGCAUAAGAAUCUCCACUCUAUGCUGCUAUAUCCACCACCGCAUCUUAAAUCCACGAAACAGAAACAAGGGCAAAAAUUGAAUUCUGCUAAAAUUCCCUUUUCAUAUUGAUUUCACAACGAUGCAUUCAAUUAAAAUUUUAUCGAUUUUUGUGGUGUUUCUUCUAACACUAAGAUCAUCAUCAUGUUCGUUAAUCGAAGCAAACAAGUUAUCACCGUACGAUGUUUUAAUGGAGUAUGGUUUCCCAAAGGGUCUUCUUCCAAAAGACGCAAUAGGUUAUUCGCUGAACAAAGAAACAGGUGAGUUCGCUGUGUAUUUCGAUAAAGCUUGUAGUUUCACUAUUGAAAGUUACACGCUUAAUUACAAGUCAACAAUCACUGGUGUGAUUUCUCAGAAUAGGCUUUAUAAACUCAAGGGUGUUACCGUCAAGAUUUUGAUUUUGUGGUUAAAUAUUGUUGAGGUUUCUCGUCAUGGUGAUGAUAUUGAUUUCUCUGUUGGUAUUACUUCUGCUGAUUUUGGUGUUGAGAAUUUCCUUGAAAGCCCUCAGUGUGGUUGUGGUUUCGAUUGCAAUUCUCUUCGCUUAAACGGUGACGUUUCUUCAAUUUAGGUUUCUUUGUAUUUUUAUUGUGUUGUAUUUUUAUUAUUUAAUUUUUGAACUUUUUGUUGAAGACUGUAGAUCUAUCUUUUAUGCUCUUUUAAAUUAAUUAAUAAUAAUAGGUGAAUUUUAUUAGGGUGUAUUUUGUUUCCCCUAAAAUGAAUCAGAACUUUUGGUGAUUUGCAGUAUCAUUUGCCUCAGAAUCCAAACAAGGGUGGCUAUUCUAUUGAA